UGUUCAUGUUUGUCUACAUCUGCUCUUAUAGAAGCAGUUCAUGUUUUAAUAGUAUACUCUUGACCAACUGGCAACAUACACAUUUGAUUGUGUGUGAGUUUAAAUAGAAAGAUUGUUUUUCUGGUGUAUCGUAUUUAUGUUGCAUUUUAAAGGUCUCAAAAUGAGUUGAGAGUGAUGUCAUCAUCUAAAGAAAAAUACUUUUGGUUUUAUAUUGUGUGAUUUUUUUUUUCAUAUAGGUAAUGUUUUUGACCAAUACAGUUUUAUAUGAUUUUUGAGCCAUUGCUCUAAAGUGGUUACAUGUUUAGUGUUUGUUAGGGAUGCACCGAUUAUGAUACUGGAUAUCGGCACCAAAAUAAAAAAGUAGCUGGAUCAACUAUUGGCUUAAAAAUAUAAACUGAUGUAGGAAGAAUAUUUUACUGGUCGUAGUUGGCCUGUAAAACUAACAGUGUUUGAAUUUUUAUUUAUCCGAAGUUGUUCUGUGGUUACUUGAGGGAUAAAUAACAGCUCCAUAACACAUUUGGAUCAGUUUUCUCAUUUUACUUUUGUUUAAAGGAAUAAAUUUAGCUUUUAGUCACUGCACUGGUAUUGAUUGAUAUUGGGUAUCAGCAGAUACUCAAAUUCAUAAUAUCGGAAUCAGUAUUGGAAAUGAAAAACUGGAUCAGUGCAUCCCUAGUGUUUGUAAAAGUGUGAGUGGAUUUACAAAGCCAAGGUAUUGUGUGAAAUGGAUGUGUACACAUUGUUUAUUUGCUUGUACGUUGUCAGGACCAAAAUUAAACCUGAGCUGAACUAAGAGUGUAUAUUUAUUUAUUUAGAAGGCAGUUUCUGAAUAUUUUAUUAGGCUGACUAAAGCUAUGCAUUGAUUGGUUGGAAACUACACUGUACCGACCAAUCAUGCUUCAGGGGAGGAGCCAAACAUUUCUUCACGACAUGAUGCCAGUCCAUCCAUAAACUGGAGAUACCUGUUGCUCCUAAUCGUGAAUAAAAAAAUUGAAAAGGGAUGGCUAAAGUGGUUUUGGUUACAGGUGCAAAUAGUGGUGUUGGCCUGGCCCUGUGUGAGAGAUUGCUGGAUGAGGGCGUCCACUUAUGUUUGGGCUGCAGGAACAUGCAGCGAGCCGAGACAGCACGUCUUGCCCUGCUCCGCUCCCACCCAUCCGCCGAGGUGGAUGUGCUACAGGUGGACACCAGCAGCACCGCUUCUGUGCUUAAGGCAGCACAGGAGUUCAAACUCAGGUAUAACCGGCUGGACUACCUCUACCUGAAUGCAGGAAUUAUGCCAAACCCACAGUUUGAUGUUAAAGCAUUUUUUCGAGGUGUACUCACUGGCCAAGUCAUAGGAAUGCUGGCUACAGGAGUGGGAAUCCUUACACAGAAGGACAGUGUUACUCCUGAUGGGUUUCAAGAAGUGUUUGCGACAAACCUCUUUGGUCACUUUCUUUUGUUCAGGGAGCUGGAGUCACUGCUCUGUAGUGGUGGGCAGACAUCACAGCUGAUCUGGACCUCAUCGAGUAACGCCCAGCGCUCAGCCUUGUCUCUGGAAGAUAUCCAGCACAGAGGAGGCUCCCAGCCCUACAGUUCCUCCAAAUACGCCUCUGACCUGCUCAGCCUGGCUCUCAACACUCACUACAACCAACAGGGUCUGUAUUCAUCUGUGACAUGUCCAGGCUUCGUUAUGACAAACCUCACUUAUAGAGUCUUCCCAUCAUUCCCAGCUUUUCUCUGGACACUACUGAUGCCUGUCUUUUGGCUUAUAAGGCUGUUCACCAACACCUUCACCCUGACACCUCACAAUGGAGCUGAGGCUUUGUUUUGGCUGUUUAAACAAAAACCUGAAGCACUGGACCCUUACAGCAAGUACCACAGUUUAACAUCGGGGCUUGGGUACACAUACACAGAAGCACGGAAAAUGGAUAUUGACCUGAAAACAUCAGAAGCCCUCUAUGAAAAAUUACUUCAGCUAGAAAGUGAAGUAAAGAGGAAACUUCAGGAUCAACAAAGGACAUUUAAGGGUCCUGAAUUUUCUUUACUAAAAUAAAAAUGUUAUAUUAAGUCUGCAUGAAUAAAACUGAUCCAAGAAAGUAA